AUGAAUAGCACCAACACCCUCUUCCCCCUCCCCUCCACACACUUCCUCUCCCAACCACGACCUUCUGGAAUCGCGUCUCCGAGUAGCAGUAAUAGCAGUAAUAGUAAUCGUGUGGUGGUGGACACCACCACCCUCGCUGCACACGACUUUGAUGUGGAUCCACGGACGGGGUUUAUGCCCCCGCAUCCGCCGAUAGCGAGAUUGGGGGGAGUGGGAGGGGAGAAUGGGAAGUAUGGGAUGUACGAAGCCUGGGAAGGGAUAUUAGACGAAGCCUGUGCCGGGGCGUUUCGAUUAGGGAGAGAUAUCGGUACGGAGACGGGGGGUAGGGAGGAGAGGUGGAGGGGUCGAGUACGGGAGCUCCCGAUCCUGUCUAUAACCCCUCUCUUGGACUCUGAACCCCAUCUCCGCCGUGCCCAUCACGUGUUAGCGUGGAUACUGCAUUUCUACAUCCACACCCACGAGAGUGGUACUGAGGAAGUGCGGAUCCCUCCCCCAAUCACAUUACCCCUCCUCCGCGUCUCGCGGGAGAUGCACCUCCCACCUCUACUCACCUACUCCGACGAUGUCCUAUACAACUGGGGGUUAAACCCCCAAAACUCCUCCCUCCGUGUCCUGACGUCGUUCACCUCCACCGCCUCUGAAUCGCAUUUCUACCUCACCUCUGCCAGGAUUGAGUUGAUCGGCGUUAGAGCCUUGGGGUUGAUGCAGGAUUCCCUGGAUGAGUUGUUCGUCGGGGACGAUAUCGCGCGGACUCGGAUUACGGGGUUCUUAGGGGAGUUGGCGGGGGUGGUUGGGGAGAUGGAGGAGGAGUUGGGGAGGAUGUAUGGGGGGUGCGAUGUGGCGGUGUUCUACGAUGAAAUUCGACCGUGGUUUCAAGGUGAGAGUGAAGAGAAAAGAUGGGUGUUUGAAGGGAUCGAGAUGGAUCCGGAGUUGGACUCGUUGGAAUACCCAAAGGAAUUGGGCGGUCCGUCUGCGGGGCAGAGUUCUUUGAUCCAUGCGUUGGAUAUUUUCUUGGGUGUUGAGCAUCAACACCAUACCUCCGAUACCGACCCUGAUUCGACGUUUUUAUCGAGGAUGCAGCUAUACAUGCCCCGCCACCAUCGUAACUUUCUUUCUCAUCUCAGGGAACAGAGUCGGAGGAGGUCUUUGAGGGCUGCAUACAACUCCGCUGUAACCGCACUCAAGAAAUUCCGUGAUGCGCAUAUUGUUCUUGUUGCGAGGUAUAUUAUCGGCCCUGCUGCGCGGGCAAAGGGGAAUGGGGAGAAGGACAGGGAGGCACUAAAAGGAACCGGCGGAACACACCUCGCGCGGUUCUUGAAGAGUGUCAGGGAUAAUACUCGGGAUGCUGUUAUCCAGUAA